AUGAAUCGCCAGCGUCAUGAAAUUGGUGAAAUACAGUCCGCGACGCAAAAUGAUGACCACGAGGAACCAGACUGGGUUGUAGCGCAUGACGAGGCCAAGCAGCGCCAUGCUCUUCAACAGCAAGAGGAGCAGCUUCGAGUCAAUUUGAAACUCGCACGCGAGCGUCUGGCAGAACAGCGCUCUCGGCGUGAGUUGCCCCGUCAUCCUUCGAAGCGCUCACGCCGAGAGGAUGACCCGCCCUCAGAUGACGACUUCCUGCCGGUCGAGUAUGACGAUGAGGCGACCUCAAGGGCGUUGAGGCCUCCUGUCACGGCACCAGGCGACAUAUUUUUAACACCCGAGGUCCGCAGCAUGAUGCAGGCCUACGAAGCGAGUCAGCAGCCCAGCGGCGUCGUAAAAGAGCCGGAGACGAAACCCAAGAUCUUCUUUGCUAGCCGAACGCACUCGCAGCUCGCGCAGCUAGUGCAAGAGCUCAAGAAGACACCCUUUGGGCAUGCAGACGAUCCUGUGCGAUGCAUUGGCCUGGGCAGUCGCCAGCACAUGUGCGUCCACGAGGGUGUGCGCAGGUGGGGCCGAAUGUUUGGCACAGAAGCGAUGAAUGAACGCUGCCUUGAAAUGAUGGAGGGCCGCAACACGAAGCGGUGUGAGUUUUUGCCGCCACGCGAUGCGGCCGGCCAGGCCCAGCUUGAUGCCUACCGCGAUCUCGCCCUAGCCGAAGUCCAGGACAUGGAAGAGCUUGUCCAACUGGGCAAGCAGGUGCACACAUGUCCGUACUUUGGCGCGAGGCACAGUGUGCAGCAGGCCGAGAUUGUAACUUUGCCGUACAACCUGCUCCUGCAGCACGACGCCCGAGAGGCGCUGCAGCUGUCGUUGGACGGCAGCAUUGUACUGAUCGACGAGGCUCAUAACCUGAUUGAUACGAUUUUGAGCACCUACACGGCAGAGCUGACGCAGACACAUAUUGACGCCGCUCUGUCACAGGUAAAUGGGUAUCUCCAGCGCUUUGCCAGUCGGCUGAGGGGCUCAAAUGAGGAGCAUAUGCGCACUUUGCAAGUGCUUCUGCGGGCUCUCCAGGCCUUUUGCGAGCAAGUCACUACAUCUGCGCAGCCCCUCCCAUCGCUUACCACUGCCCAGCUAAUCGCACGACUGGGCGGCACGGCUGACCAGAUCAAUGUGAGUGGCUAUGCCGACAAGACGUCCUUGGGCCAGGCGGAUCAUCCGACCGAGCCACAGGGCCGCACGCAUCCCAUGCAUGCUGUGGAAUCGUUCUUAUUGGCCUUGACGAACAGGGCCGUACACGGGCGAGUACUGCUGAUGAAGGAGGCCACGGGAGUGCGUCUUAAGUUUUUGCUGCUCAACCCUAGUGAUGCGUUUCAGCCCAUUGUCGAAGCGGCUCGUGCCGUGCUUCUCGCGGGAGGCACAAUGGAGCCCAUCGCCGACUUUCAGACACAGCUGCUGGCUGGUUCGCCCAAGGACAAGUUUGUGGCCUUUUCGUGUGGCCACAUUGUGCCGCCAGACCACAUUGUGGGCGCUAUCGUCGAUGCGGGACCCAAGGGACUGCCACUCGAGUUUACGCAUGAAUCGUGGCAGCGCCCGGCCCUGCUGGAUGAAUUGGCUCAUGCCCUAUGCAACUAUGGCAAUAUUAUUCCCCAUGGCAUGGUGGUUUUCUUCCCAUCGUAUGCAUCGCUGGAGAUUGCGUGGAAGCACUGGAGGCAGACAGGCGCGCUGGAGCGCCUGGGGCGCCGGAAGCAGGUCUAUUCGGAGCCGAAGGUGGCUAGUCAGGUGGAUAUUAUCCUACAAAAGUAUGCCGCCUCUAUAACAGCGCCCUCACCCACAUCGCCCAAGGGGGCCAUCCUUUUCGCCGUGGUCGGGGCCAAGCUGUCAGAAGGCAUUAAUUUCCAGGACAACCUAGCCCGCUGUGUCGUCAUGGUAGGCCUCCCGUUUCCGCAUUCGAAAAGUCCCGAUCAUCUGCGACUGGGGGACGGGAUCCAGGUCGAGAACUUUACCUGA